UGUGUGAGCUAGAAAAUGGCGGAGGCAAUUUCUCAGGAGGAAGAGUCUUUCACAUGUCCAGUGUGUCUGGAUCUGCUGAAGGAUCCAGUGACUAUUCCCUGUGGACAUAAUUUCUGUAUGAGGUGCAUUAAGGGCUGCUGGGAUCAGGAGGAUCAGAAAGGAGUCUACAGCUGCCCCCUGUGCAAACACACCUUCACUCCCAGACCUGUCCUCUACGAAAACCCUCUGAUUGCUGAAAUGGUGGAGAGGAAGACCAGAAUCCCGGCUGCCCCUCCUGUUCUAUCUGCUGGAGCUGGAGAUGUGGAGUGUGACGUCUGCACUGAGAAAAAACUCAAAGCUGUGAAGUCCUGUUUGGUUUGUCUGAAGUCUUACUGUAAAACUCACUUCAAAACUCACAAUGAACUUCAUUCAGGAGAACACUCAGUGAUUGAUGCCACAGGCCAGCUACAGAAGAGGAUCUGCUCUGAACACAAGAAAGUUUUAGAAAUAUUUUGUCGUACUGAUCAGAUUUGUAUCUGCUAUCUGUGUAUGAUGGACGAACAUAAAGGCCACGACACAGUCACAGCUGCUGCAGAAUGGAAACACAAACAGAAACAGUUGGGGCAGACCCAGAGGAGAUUCCAGCAGAGAAUCCAGGAGAGAGAGAAGGAGCUGCAGGAGCUGAGGAAGGCUGUGGAGACUCUAAAGAGCUCUGCACAGACAGCAGUGGAGGACAGUGAGAGGAUCUUCACUGAGAUGAUCCGCUCCAUUGAGAGAAGGCGCUCUGAGGUGACAGAGCUGAUCAGAGCUCAGGAGAAGGCUGAGGUGAGUCGGGCUGAAGGACUCCUGAAGAGACUGGAGCAGGAGAUUGCUGAUCUGAAGAGGAGAGAUGCUGAACUGGAGCAGCUUUCACACACAGAGGAUCACAUCCAUUCCCUUAAGAAUAUUCCAUCAUUCCGAGACCCUCUUCGCUCUAAAGACUUACCCAGCAUGACCUUCAACCAAAAUGUCUCUUUUGAGGCUGUGAAGGAAUCUGUCUCUGCCAUGAAGGUGCAGCUGGAGGAGAAACUGGAAGGCAUCUUCAAGCAGGAAGUAGCCAAGAUAUCUGCAGCAGUGGAACUCAUCGAGAUCAUCCAGUCUUUAGAAUAUACUGAUCCUGAACUCCCAGUCAAAAGAACAAAGAGUAAGAAGAAAAUGCCACCAACCAUGUCUGGUGUUUUUCCUGAACCAGUGACCAGAGAGGAAUUCUUGCAGUACUCCUGUCACUUCACACUGGAUCCAAACACAGCACACAGAAACCUCCAUCUGUCUGAGGGGAACAGGAGGGUGGAGAGGAGAGAUGAGCGCCAGUCAUAUCCUGAUCAUCCAGAGAGAUUUGAUAAGUGGGAACAGGUGCUGUGUAGAGAGGGUGUGUCUGGACGCUGCUACUUGGAGGUUGAGUGGAGUGGGGUGGUUCAUAUAGCAGUCUCAUAUAAAAGCAUCAGCAGGAAAGGAGGGGGUGAUGAGUGUGGGUUUGGAUAUAAUGAUCAGUCCUGGAGUCUGCACGGCUACAGAGUUGACUCUUCUUUCUGGCACAAUAAUAAACAGACUACACUCCCUCUAGUGGCCAGUUCCAGAAUAGGAGUGUAUGUGGAUCACAGGGCAGGAACUCUGGCUUUCUACAGCAUCUCUGACACAAUGACCCUCCUGCAUAAAGUCCAGAUCACAUUCACUCAAACACUCUACCCUGGGUUUUGGAUACUAACUGGAUCAUCAGUGAAGCUGGUAUAACCCACACCGUAUACAGUAGGACAUAAAUGUAAAGACCCCAGAUACAGAUACUGACCAGAUAUUAGAUCAGACACGUGUCUGGUGGUGGGGCACUACGUGAUUGACUAGACUAGAAGACGUGAUUGACUAGACGGCUAGACUAGAUGUGAUCAGAGCUUGUACUCAGGAUACUAAAAAAAUGUUUUAUGUAGGCCCUACUGUAUGAUGCAAUGUAAACUACUUGUUGCAACAUGACUGAUAUGUCCAAGAAAAGACUUGCAUACCAAAUUCACCAUAUGUAUUAGCCUGGGUGUUCCUAACACUAACUGAAACUAAUACCCAAAUUUUCGCCUGAUGUCGGCGACCAAUUACAGAACAGGGGAGAAAGCAAGACAUGAUGAGCUAUGCACAGACACAUUUGAUAGACAUCCGUGACGCCCAAUGAACGGAUCUGGGCAUUUUUUCAUAUACGAGAAAAUGAACGUCUGGUUGCCAGACCAUGUCUCAUUUGAGAAGUGGUAGGCGCUAGCCAGGCUACGUAUGUAUGGGAUCUUAUGUUAAAUUUGUAUGUAUGGGAUAUAUAUGGGUUCUUAUGUUUAAAAAAGCAGACAUAAUCACUACUGUCAAUAUGUCAUUUGUGUGAUUAAUGUAAUCAAUUCAAUAGUCCAUGUUUGUUUAUUAAACCUUGUUCUG